AUGGGCCGCGAACCCCCUCCCCCCAAGCGCUUCUGGGAGCACCUGGCCCUGGACAGUCACUGCCGUUUCCUGGUGCAGACUGGGUGGCGGCCACUGGCGCUGGAGGACCGUGGCCUCGUCGACCGGCAGCAAGUGGCUUGGCUCUGGGCGAAGCGGGGCCGCCUCUCCGUGCACACUGCCUUGUGCUCGCGGCUCACGGACAGCCAGACCCUGCCUGGCGCGCCUGAGCACACGUGGUCUCCCUGUUACUUCCAGAAAGAAAAGGGCCCAGAGCCCCUGCUGCUCAUGUCCCCCGCUCGCCCUCCUGCCACUACGGCAGAGGGACCCUCAGGAGAGGGCAGCUUGGCGGUAGUCGGAGCGCUGCUGGACGAAGCGUUCUGCCGGUGCCCAUGGGCCCAGAGGUGGGCCUGCUUGGUGGUGUCGCCCAAGACUCUGGGCAGCCAUGAGCAUCUCCUGUGGUUCCCCCUGGUACUGCUGGAUACCCAGCCCCCGGCCCUCUGCCUCCCCAUCCCACAGAGAUUGAGGGUCCCCGCAGGCCAUGCAGCUGUGCCAAGGCCACCGCCAGGGACCCACAGAGGCCAGGCAGGCUCACUGACGGCCCGUGGAUGCCACGGCCUGGCUGGGCAUCUGGGCCUAGCAGCCUUGCUGCCGCUGUGGGGCUGCUUCUUGCGGGCAGCGCCCCCUGCCUUCCUGGGGACCCAGGCCGGUUCCCCUCGUCUGGGUGCAGAGUUCACCGUUGUCCUGCGGUACCUUCCCAGCCCUGCUGAUGUAGGCCCCAUUUUGAGCGCGGAGCUGCCUUCCAGGAGUGGGGCUCCCGCCCUGUGCGCAGGCCCCAGGCCCCGCCUGAGCUCUUUUAACCCCGCAGGUGCCUCCAGCAUGGCGGCGGCCGAGGUGCCCGGCUACCUCGUGUCCCCGCAGACGGAGAAGCACCGGCGAGCCCGCAACUGGACGGACGCCGAGAUGCGCGGCCUCAUGCUCGUCUGGGAGGAGUUCUUCGACGAGCUGAAGCAGACCAAGCGCAACGCCAAGGUGUACGAGAAGAUGGCCAGCAAGCUGCUGGAGAUGACGGGGGAGCGCCGGCUGGGCGAGGAGAUCAAGAUCAAGAUCACCAACAUGACCUUCCAGUACAGGAAAUUAAAAUGCAUGACAGAUAGCGAGUCCGUCCCGCCCGACUGGCCCUAUUACCUAGCCAUUGAUAGGAUUCUGGCCAAGGUCCCCGAGUCCUGUGAUGGCAAACUGCCGGACAGCCAGCAGCCGGGGCCCUCCACGUCCCAGACCGAGGCGUCCCUGUCGCCGUCUGCUAAAUCCACCCCUCUGUACUUACCGUAUAACCAGUGCUCCUACGAAGGCCGCUUCCAGGAUGAUCGCUCCGACACCUCCUCCAGCUUACUGUCCCUUAAGUUCAGGUCGGACGCGCGGCCCGGGAAGAAGCGCAAGGUGCAGAACUGCCACCUGCGGAAGAAGAAGCUGCGGCUGCUGGAGGCCAUGCUGGAGGAGCAGCGCCGGCUGAGCCGCGCCGUGGAGGACGCGUGCCAGGAGGUGCGCCGCGUGCUGGACCGCCAGAACCUGCUGCAGGUGCAGGGCCUGCAGCUGCAGGAGCGCAUGAUGAGCCUGCUGGAGAAGAUGAUCGCCAAGUCCGGCGUCUAG